AUGGAUUAUGGAUUGGCAAAGAACCUACAACUCAACAGCCUGCUGAAAAUCAUUUAUAUCCUCCCAGCAGUGGCUUAUGAUCAGCUUCUCCCUUUGGAAGAUGCAGAAUAUGACGAGCAAGUGGUCAAAGGGGUGCGUGAUCGCUCAGUGAGGCUGGCAUGCGGUGACAUAGUCCAGCCCAUGGUUGUCUUCUGGAGUUUUACCAGACCAGGCACACUCAUUCCCAGGGCUGUGGCCAUCAGCAAUGGCAUUGAGUCCAAGGUGGAGAAGGCCUCUGCUGUUCUGGGGAAUGUCAACUUGAGGAACAGCACCUUAGAGAUUAAGAAGCUGCAAAAAGCUGCUGAAGGGCAUUUCAUGUGCCAAGCGAUGUCUGAAGUGGAUGGAGAGAUCAAAGUGGCUUAUUUCUACACCAAGCUUAUCGUUUUGGUCCCUGUCUCCAAGCCCUUCCUGCAGAUAAACAAUUCAACGCCUGUGGAAGGCAUGCCUGUUGUGAUGAUCUGCACAGUGAAAGAAGGGACGCCUCCCAUAGCAUAUUCUUGGCAGCGCCACACUAACCGAGAUGGCAUAGUAGUUCUUACUGAAGCACUGAAUCUCUUAAACCUGACUUCAGCAAACCGGACAUAUAUGGGUUGGUACACCUGCACAGCCCACAAUGAGGUCAACAGCCAAACCAGCGACAGGAUGUACCUCGAUGUUAUCUAUGGUCCAGAUGAGCCAGUGAUCAGCGUGGAGCCAUUUGCAAUUAACCAACAUGGCUUCUCAGCCAACGAACAAGAAGAGGUGAUCAUGACAUGCCUAGCUCCUUCCAAUCCUCCCAGCCACUACAUUUGGUUCUACAACAGCUCUCAAGUCUACUCCGGACAGAAGUACGUGAUCACCAGAAUCUCACGGACUCAAACAGGCAUCUACACUUGCCUAGCCCAGAAUAUGCACCUGAAUACGCGGACCCAGGCCACUAUCACCUUGACUGUCUAUUAUCUGCCCAAGGGACAGCUCAGCUGCAUGUUGCUGCCUGCUACCAAUUUCCAAGACCUUGCUCUGCAUUGUUCAUGGCAAGGGGGAUUCCCUUCAGUGCAGUUGCGGUGGGUAAAAUCGAGGGCAGAAGAAAACAACACAGGAACCUACUCCAAUGCUAUUCAAAUCCAUCGGGGUGCAGAUGUUCCCAAUGGGACUUCAUAUAUAUGUCUGGCUUCCCAUCCGGCACUGAGAAAGGAUACUGUUUGCAGGACCACUGUCUGGGUUCCAAAUGGGAGCUUGACCUGCAGUGUGGUGGCGACCAAACAGAAUGAAUUCCUCAUGUUGACCUGUGACUGGGCAGGUGGAGAACCUCAGGUGACACUCUGGUGGAGAGACUGGAGGCACCAUGUGCUGGGAGGGCUGAAACCAUCACACAAUGUCUUUGUCAUGAAGCCCAACACCACCCUUGGAGGCAAGGAGUUCACCUGCAUGGCAGCUCACCCUCUGUGGGCAAGAGCUGCUGAGUGCCACGUCCGGCUGGAACCUCCCAAGGUUAUGGUGGAAAGGACCAAUGUGUCACUGUUUGAAGGCAGUGAGGUCCAGUUGGCCUGCUUCCUCCAAGGUGCCUAUCUGGGGUCAGAAGUCUUCUGGUACAAUAAUAAGAACCAGGCAAUUACAGCAAGCACUAGGAAAUACCGACUGCAACAGGAGAAUACUUGGUUUAAUUUGACCCUCCAGGACACAGAAUGGAUACGGGAUAGCGGCACGUACCGCUGUGCUGCCAUAAAUGCCGUGGGCAAUGCCUCUGCCACCAUCAGUCUCCAGGUUAAAAAAUACCCCCACCCACCCAAUGUGACUAUCAGCAGACUGAUGUACACACGCCAGCGUACAGAGGUAGAACUGGAAUGGGAAACUCAAGGUUCAGGAAACCUGACUGGCUUUGUGGUCCAGAGGAGAGAAGCAAAAAAGACCGCCCCGAAGCAGAUGGCCAGCAGCUGGGAGACAGUGGCCAACAACAUUGACCCUGAUGUCCGUGGCCGGAAGCUGGGUGGUCUGGAUCCUGCAGUGGUCUAUGCUUUCCGGAUCCUUGCUGUCAACCACCGCACCACUGGGUAUCCCUCUGAAGUGAAGACCCCAGCUGACCCUCCUUUCAAUGCAUAUCCUGCAGUGAUUGGUGCUGCUGUGGCAGGAAUGAUUGUGGCAACAGUCACCUCUCUUCUAGUUUUUCAGUACAUCAUUCGGAACCGGGAGAAUAAUCCAAGGUUACAUGACCUGCUCUUCAGGAUGGCUGGUGCUGAAACUCAUGAGCAUAUCAGGACUCCAGAAGAUGCUGAGAUGCCAACAGGAAUGAGGGAUGCAGCCAGUGAGCAGGUUGGAGAGACUUCCACAGCAACUCGAGAAACACCAGCAGAAGCAAGUCUGAAGGAAGCGAUGGUGAUCUCAGAAGAUCCAGCAGGGGCCCAGGAAGAUGAAUCAGCCCCCAGCCCUUCUCCAAAAGAUCCUACUGAAGACCCAGUUAAUGUUACAAUCACAGUGACAGCCACCCCAUGA